GGCGCGCGUGGGGAUUUCAUAGUUUUUCCUUUGCAACACAGAACCAAAGUGAAGGAACUGUGAAGUCACAAGUUAGCGGCGCGCGCACACACACACACACUCUGAACUGUAACCCACGAAAGCAGGAUAAUCUUUGUCCCUCCAAUCCCGACUUAGAUUUACUGUUAAACCGUUUCUUUCCUUUGCACUUCUUCAAUCAAUGGCAGCAACCUCAACAUCACUCUUCUCCAAUCUCCGUUCUCUCAACUCUCAACCUUUCUCUUCCUCUCUUUCGUUCUUCCAAAACGUCCAUUCCAAUCUCUCCUUCUCUUCUCAUAAACCUGCGCGUGGCGUAGUUGCCAUGGCUGGCUCUGGCAAGUUCUUUGUUGGUGGCAAUUGGAAGUGUAAUGGAACCAAAGACUCCAUCAGUAAGCUUGUCUCUGACUUGAACAGUGCAAAAUUGGAGCCUUACGUUGAUGUUGUUGUUGCACCUCCCUUCGUAUAUAUCGAUAAGGUGAAAAACUCAAUAACAGAUAGGAUAGAGAUAUCUGCUCAGAAUUCAUGGGUGGGAAAAGGUGGGGCUUUCACUGGAGAAGUCAGCGUGGAGCAACUAAAAGACCUUGGCUGCAAAUGGGUUAUUCUCGGACAUUCUGAGCGAAGACAUAUAAUUGGAGAAAAUGAUGAGUUUAUAGGAAAGAAAGCUGGCUAUGCUUUGAGUGAGGGUCUUGGAGUGAUAGCGUGUAUUGGGGAACUGUUACAAGAAAGAGAAGCAGGGAAAACAUUCGAUGUUUGUUUCCAGCAAUUGAAGGCUUUUGCAGAUGCAGUGCCAAGUUGGGAUAAUAUAGUUAUUGCAUACGAGCCUGUAUGGGCCAUUGGAACUGGCAAAGUGGCCACACCCCAGCAAGCCCAGGAAGUCCAUGCAGCUGUUCGUGAUUGGCUUAAAAAGCAUGUCUCGGCUGAAGUUGCAUCGAAAACGCGAAUUAUUUAUGGAGGGUCUGUAAAUGGGAGCAACUGUGCUGAGCUCUCAAAGCAAGAAGACAUUGAUGGAUUUCUUGUUGGUGGUGCUUCAUUAAAGGGUCCUGAGUUUGCUACCAUUGUCAAUUCAGUCACAUCCAAGAAAGUUGCGGCUUAACUACUUACUAUGGUUAAGUUAGUAUUAUUUGUGGCAAUACAUGGAGUUUUUUUUCAUUACUCGUAGCAAUUUUCUCUGGCAACGAGGUGCAUGUUUGAUUUAGUUUGAUUUGAAGAAAUAAUCGCUUGUUGUUUUCAAUAUCCUGAUAGAAAGGUACUUUAAAAAAGAAACGAUUAUUUCUUCAAAUUUAAGUGUUUCUAAGCAUGCAAGGUAUGAAAAACAUUUUUUUUAGCCAUGAUUUUCUUGGAGCGAUUACAGAUGCAAAGCGUCUUAAAAGGCAAUAAACGUUCCUAGAUUGUUGGU